ACUAAAACAAAAACAAAAUUGCAACAAAAAAGCCGCUGGCGACAGUUUCUCAUCACGUAGACGCGAGCAUGGAAAUUAUGUAAAGCAGCAUGCCGAAUUGUAUACAAAUAAGUCAGAGCGUGUGCACUCGUGAAUAGUGAUAGAGCGUACAGAAAGAAGCAGCUGGAAGUGUGGAAAAAAAUAAAAUGGAAAUAAAAUAAAAAAAAUUUGUUAAAAAUAAGAAGAAUUUAUUUCGCUAAGCAGCGAUAAGCGGCUGAAAUUGAAAUUCACGAGCAAUUUUGCAGCAAAAAAAUUAAAAAAAAACAAUGCAAAUUUAAUGUGAUAAAAAAUAAAGAAAAAAGAUGCAGGCGGCAGCGAAAAAAUAUUGAAAAAAAUCAAAGCCGAAAAUUUUAUAUUUAUUUCAAUUUUUUUUUACCAAAUUACAACUUUAAUAUUUUUAGUGCUACGAUACACUGGAGAACAUGUGCAAAAUUAAUAUUUUACAUAAAAUAAAUGUGAAAAAAGUGUAGCGGAAUAAACAAAUGGAAAGUAUGUGAGUGCAAAAUCUGUGCAAUGUGUGUGCGAUGAAAGCAGGGAAACGAAAGAAAGCAAUAAAAAAUCAAAAGCAAUCACGAAAAAGCAAGCAAAAAUUCGCAACAAAACGCGGUAAAGUGCAGUAAAUAAAAAAAUAAAUGUCAAAAAGUAAAAUUUAAGUAAGCAGCAAGUACGCAACCGGAAAACUGCAUGCAAAGCAAAAUUGUGCAAAUGAGCUGGGAAAUUAAAGUGCAAGCAGAAAAGGUGAAAUUUCGUAGCUUGUGAAAAAAUUUUGAAAAAUUCUGAAAAAUUAAACUAAAAUGCAAAUUAAAUACUUAAACAAGGAAAGUUAAAAUCAAGUAAUGUAUGGAAAAUAAUAGUUGUUGUUGUAGUAAACAAGAAAGCAGCAAAAUCGGGCGCAAAGUGCCAAUUAGACACCUGGAGCUGGAGCUCCUUAAGGAUUCACACCGAGAUUUCUCUGAUUUGCUGGGCAUUUAUUAAAAAAAAAAGUUAUGACAAAAGGAAAAAUUAAGAAACUGCAAUAAAAUCUUAGCAACUGAAGUAAUAAUUGCGGUUUAAUAAGUGUAUUAGACGGUGGCUGUAGCAGCGAACUUCAAAUAUGAGUUUGAAAAAAAUUCAAAAAAAUUAAAAUUUACUAAAUAGAAAUUAGUAACGAAGAGGAAAGUUAUGGAAAUCAAGAAAAAAUAAAUUUCCAUAAAAAUAAUACAAGCAACAACAACAAAAAAAUUGAUAUUAGCACACUAAAUCAUCAGCGCUGCAGUAAAAGAGCGAAAAAACGACGCAAAAAAUAUAUUUUUAAGAUGCAACAACAAUAAUAAGAAAACACAAUACAAAAUAGUUUUAAAUGCAACAACAAUAACUAAAAAGCACAAUACAAAAAUUUAACAAAAUAGUCCAACAACUUGCCGCAACUCCACAAAUAUUUAGCAAUAUUAACGACAAAAGCCAUAAAAGUCGGACAACAGCAAUCAGCAGCACAAAUCAACUUUAAGCAUGCAGCAAUCAGCAACAACAACAACAACAACAUAUUAACAACAAACGCACCAAACAACAACGGCAUUACAAAGAAACGCUGCAGACGCUGCGACCACAAGACAACAACCUGAACACACCGACAAAUUACAACAUUAGCAACAACAACAACAACAACAACCAGCAGCGAACAUUGCAACAUAAUCAGCAGCAAACGUGAAAAUUCUCAACAACAAAGAUACACAGGCCAACAGCAGCACCAUCACUACCCCCGCAACAACAAAAUCAACAAUAACAACCCACAUACCCACCAACAUAACAACAACAAGCACACCAAUUUCAACAGAAAUUGCAAUUGCUGCCACAAGCGCACCACACACGCCAACCACAACCGCGACUACAACUGCCGCUACAACAACAACAGCACACCAAACGCAACCGCUGCUGAAGGCGACCAGCAAAGUGAAGCAGAAAGUGCGCAAAAAGAAGCAAAUCACAUUUAAUUCAGAGCCAGUGACAGCAAGCCCAGCGCCGCGCCACGGCCACGGCCACGCCUACACCCACGCUGUACUAGCUACGGCGGAGGCGGCUGCCACACAACAGAAGACUGAACGAUUUGCAAAAUCACAAACAGCAGCGUGCAUCGGCGCACCGGCAAUCACGACGGUCGCACCGACACGUGCGCUGGCGGCAAGAGCGGAGCGCAAAGGUGCGACCGCGACGCAGGUGAGGACGGCAAGAGCGCAGCCGCCGGCGGCUGCCAUUGCCAGUCACACAACACUUACAACAAAUACCACCAACACAACAACAACAGCAAACAAGACUGCAACCAACACACAGUCACAGGCGCAGCGGUAUCCGCCGCCAGCGCCACCCGCGCACACCGCCCAACAACAACAAACACAAACUCAACAACAACAGCAGCAGCAACAAACCUACCAUAUACCAAGCAUUCCGAGCUUUAAGCCAGCGGUGAAACGCUUGAGUAGCGGUAGCAUUGGCAGCAUUGGCGCCACCAUCAGCGCCGCCAGCGGUAUCAAGGCGACACGCGCGCGCUUAGCACAUUUUCUGAAAAUCCAAUCGCCCAGCGCGCGUAAAGCACGCGCACGCCGAAAAUCGUCUACGCCCUCGGCAGGUUCGCUGAUUGUAGUUGAUAUCGCUGGUGCAGCGGCUGGUGGUCGCGUUGGCUUGAUCGAGGGUGGUGGCGGUGGCGGCAAAGCGGCGGCUGGUGUGCCCAUUACAACCGCGCCGACCAGUGGAUUUGGUGCUGUGCCGGCAACAUUAGGUGCAGGUGCUGGUGGUGAAGCUGGUAACGCGGGUGCUACAGUAGGUGUUGACACGGCAGCAGCCGGUGCGGACGGUGCAACAGCGACAGCGUCGGCAACGUGGUGUGGUGGUGUUAAUUUUUUGGUGUAUAUGGUGUGCUCAUUCUGUUGUUGUUGCUAUAAUUUUCGCAACUCACCAACAAGCUUCGAUGUAGAAAAUGGCCAAGGCGCUAGAUCACCGCUUGAAGGCGGCUCACCAAGCGCCGGCUUGGUACUGCAAAAUCUUCCACAACGUCGCGAAUCGUUCUUGUAUCGCUCGGAUUCCGACUUUGAGAUGUCGCCAAAGUCGAUGUCACGCAACUCAAGCAUUGCAAGUGAAAGGUUUAAAGAGCAGGAGGCCUCUAUCCUGAUUGACCGAUCCCAUGGUGAGGAUCUUAUUGUGACACCAUUUGCCCAAAUUUUGGCCAGCUUACGUUCGGUGCGCAACAAUCUCUUAAGUCUGACAAAUGUACAAGCAUCCAACAAAUCCAGGCGCCCAACACAAUCGUCCAGCGUGGGACGUGCAUCCACAGCCGGCGUUCAAUUGGUCCAAGGCGAUGAAUCCUACACACGUUUGGCCACAGACACCAUCGAGGAGUUGGACUGGUGUUUGGACCAACUGGAGACCAUACAGACACAUCGCAGUGUAUCGGACAUGGCAUCGCUCAAGUUCAAGCGUAUGCUCAAUAAAGAAUUAUCACACUUCAGCGAGUCGAGCAGAUCUGGCAAUCAAAUAUCGGAGUAUAUUUGUUCCACAUUUUUGGACAAGCAACAAGAACUGGACCUGCCAUCGAUGCGCGGCGACGACAACCCCGACCAACACAAUAUGCUUACCCAGCAUCAGCGUUCCCGUUCGCCACGUGGUCCGCCGAUGUCACAGAUAUCGGGCGUGAAACGACCACUCUCCCACACGAACUCUUUCACCGGCGAACGUCUGCCCACAUUCGGUGUGGAAACAGUGCACGAGAAUGCGCUCGGCACACUGCUCGGCGACGUCGACACGUGGGGCAUUGACAUAUUCAAGAUUGGCGAUCUGAGCGCCAAUCGUCCGCUCACCUGUGUGGCAUACACCAUAUUUCAGAGUAGAGAACUACUGACCAGUCUUAUGAUACCACCGAAAACUUUUAUUAAUUUUAUGACUACUCUGGAGGAUCAUUAUGUUAAAGACAAUCCGUUUCACAAUUCACUGCAUGCGGCUGAUGUGACACAAAGUACAAAUGUACUGCUCAAUACACCAGCGCUGGAGGGCGUAUUCACAUCGUUGGAAGUGGGCGGAGCAUUGUUUGCUGCUUGUAUACACGAUGUUGAUCAUCCUGGUUUAACGAAUCAAUUUUUAGUUAAUUCAAGUUCCGAAUUAGCCUUAAUGUAUAAUGACGAAUCUGUUUUGGAAAAUCAUCAUUUAGCAGUUGCCUUUAAAUUAUUACAAAAUCAAGGAUGUGAUAUAUUCUGUAAUAUGCAAAAGAAACAACGCCAAACAUUAAGGAAGAUGGUUAUCGAUAUUGUCCUCUCCACAGACAUGUCAAAACACAUGAGCUUGCUGGCCGAUUUAAAGACUAUGGUCGAGACGAAAAAGGUCGCCGGCUCCGGUGUGCUAUUGCUGGACAACUACACCGAUCGCAUACAGGUGCUCGAAAAUCUGGUACAUUGUGCCGAUUUAAGUAAUCCAACCAAACCGUUGCCAUUAUACAAACGCUGGGUCAGCCUACUUAUGGAGGAGUUCUUUUUGCAGGGCGAUAAAGAACGUGAAUCGGGCAUGGACAUUAGUCCUAUGUGUGAUCGUCAUAAUGCCACAAUCGAAAAAUCGCAGGUCGGAUUUAUCGAUUAUAUUGUGCAUCCAUUGUGGGAGACAUGGGCCGAUCUGGUGCAUCCCGAUGCACAGGAUAUACUUGAUACGCUUGAAGAGAAUAGAGACUAUUAUCAGAGCAUGAUACCACCAUCACCACCACCAUCGGCGGCCGACGAUCAACCCUCCGACGAUAAGAUACGAUUUCAAGUAACACUUGAAGAGUCCGAUCAAGAGAAUCUAGCCGAACUGGAAGAGUGUGAUGAGAGUGAGCAUAACAAACCGGAAGCAGCAACUGUGACGACGGCUGCGGGUGAGCACAAGCCGUCGGGGAGUGAGAAUCAAAGCCAUCACGGUGGAAUGUGACGGAGAGUAGCGGGACUAUGUAAGAAAAUCACCGAAAAGGCGCAAAAUUUUUUGCUAAUACGUUAGUAACAAACCAACUACAAGCAGCUAGUGAAAUAAAUAACUAAAAUAAAAAUGCCAAAAAACACAAAAAAACCAAAAAAAAAAAAAAUAAAAUAAAAUUUAAAAUUUAUAAAAAAAAAUGCAAUUUUUUGCAAAAAAAAAAACACACAAAAA